ACCCGGCCACCCUCCGCGCGCGCUUUGCUUUGACCCAGGACAGGAAACGAGGCCUUCCCCUGCCACGGCCACUACCUCCCAGCCUCCACCACCAUCACCAUUCAGGUCCAGGGGACUGGAGCAAUGGGUCACGCCACCCCCGCCCCGGCCCCAAUGGAGCCAGGCACCCACGCUGCCCCUGCACUGCACACCGUGGCAUGAUUGGGUCUCUGCCACCCCUAAUCCUGCCCCCUUUUCCCCUGCACUCGACGCUACUCCCAGUCCCAGUAGCUGCUGCCCCCCCCCCCCCCCAGAAGGAGGAGAGGUGAGGCGAGGAGAGGACGCGCGCUUGCUCUGGCGAACGAGUUGUGCUGCGCUGUGAUCUCGUCUCUUAGUCGGUGGAUCGUUCUUGCUCCGUACUUUCUUUCCAUUGUUGCUGCCGUUCUCUUUCUUGAUGGGAUUGGUGGUUGCAGUUCUCGCAGGCGGUCCAGCACGGCCGCGUGCCGCAUUAAAGGCGCGCCGGUCUUGUCUUGACCGGACUUAAGGGGCGUGGGGGAGAGUGGCACUGUGGCAGGGAGGAGGAGGAGCAAGAUCUCGCCGGGGAAGAUGAGGAGAUCUGUAUCCGUGACUUUAUUUCAAGUCCUUUUGGUUUUCACAACCGUGGCUGAGACCCAAUGGUCCACUGUAUCCGGCACAUACUGCAAGGGCAUGGCAUCAAACGUAUAUCGACCUCACAGUGUCACAAUAACUGAAUUUGGUGCUGUGGGGGAUGGUGUAACUGUCAACACAAAAGCAUUUCAGAAUGCAAUCUUCUAUCUCAAUUCAUUUGCGGACAAGGGUGGCGCACAGCUCUUCGUGCCUGCAGGAAGGUGGCUGACAGGGAGUUUUAGUCUUAUCAGCCAUCUUACUUUGUCACUGGACAAGGAUGCAGUCAUAAUUGGAUCUUCGGAUUCAUCUGAUUGGCCAGUUAUUGAUCCUCUUCCAUCCUAUGGGCGAGGCAGAGAACUCCCUGGAAAAAGACAUCGGAGUCUAAUUUUUGGAUCAAAUCUAACAGAUGUAAUUGUAACUGGCGCUAAUGGUACCAUUGAUGGUCAAGGAGCUAUUUGGUGGGGUUGGUUCCACAACCACACACUGAAUUAUACUAGGCCACAUCUUCUUGAGCUGAUGUACUCUACCAAUGUUGUCAUAUCUAAUUUAACCUUCAAGAACUCGCCAUUUUGGAAUAUCCACCCUGUAUACUGCAGCCAAGUUCUUGUCCAACAUGUCACAAUCCUAGCACCUUUGAAUUCACCAAACACCGACGGCAUUGAUCCAGACUCGUCCACAAAUGUCUGCAUCGAUCAUUGUUAUGUCAGAACUGGUGAUGAUGUUAUUGUCAUUAAAAGUGGGUGGGAUGAGUAUGGCAUUUCAUUUGCUCAUCCUAGCUCGAAUAUCAGCAUCAGCAACAUCACAGGAGAGACAAGGGGUGGUGCAGGAAUUGCGUUUGGAAGUGAGAUGUCAGGUGGCAUCUCAGAAGUCCGGGCUGAGGGCCUCCGCAUCAUCAACUCCUUGCACGGGAUCAGAAUCAAGACAGCCCCAGGGCGUGGAGGGUACGUGAAGAAUGUGUACAUAGCUGAUGUGAGCAUGGAUAAUGUUUCAAUGGCCAUCAGGAUCACUGGAAACUAUGGUGAACAUCCUGAUGAAAAAUAUGACAGGAAUGCUCUCCCCAUGAUAAGCAAUAUUACAAUCAAGGAUGUUGUUGGUGUCAACAUUGGUGUUGCUGGUACAUUGGAGGGCAUUCAGGGGGACAACUUCAGCAACAUUUGCCUGUCUAAUGUUUCCCUCACUGUACAAUCUGCACAUCCAUGGAAUUGUUCACUUAUUGAAGGGUAUUCAAACUUUGUGAUCCCAGAAUCAUGUGAACAGCUCAGAAGCAAUUGUGGACAGACACCAGUUUGCUAUGACGGUGGUAGUUCUUCCGCAACGCAUGCACAUGCACCAACACAUAAGUCAAGUGUCAGCCGAUUGCUAAAUCCUUUACUGAAGUUGGCUUCAUUUUAGUGUAGGUAGAGAUGUGCUUGCUAUUGUUGCUUCACGGGAUGAGUCCUGUUAGUCAUGUAUAUCUGAUUCUUGCGAUUAUUUAUGCUUAGAGUGCUGCUUGCUUCUUGUAUAUAGCUGUUUAGACGACUGUUGGUGUACCUGGCCUGUUUUGUUCCCAUUUUUGAUAUGUGAAUGUGAUAUGUAUGUUUCUGA